AUGGAUUUCAACAUCCAAGCCGGCUACCUCGAUGACCUUCUGCCAGGGACACCUUCGAACGCUUCGAACGUGCUGCGGCCGGCAGCGAGCCAGGAGGAGGAGCAGGGUGGGGAGAGAGGCCAAGAUGAAGGGCAGGACUCCCAUGAUGUCGAAGGAGAAGAAGAAGAAAAUGAAGAUGACGACGAAGCCGAGCAGAUUUUGGAGGAAGCAGAGCGGAAAUCUGAUGAUGAUGAAGAGCUUCAGGAGGAGGAUGGGGAGGAUGGAGAGGAGGAGGAGGAGGAGGAAGAGGAAACUGAAAGGUCCGAGCCUGAGGAAGAGUUGUCAAGGAAGGAAACGGAAGAAGGGGAUGAAGAACACGUCGAAGAGAACGAGACGCAUGAGCUGGCAGAUCACAAGAAUCUCAACUCCAGCGCAACAAACGGAAAGGUCAGUCACAGGAGGCCCAAGAAAAAACAUAGCAGUGCCACAGAGACAUGGAAGGAGAGAGGGCGACGCGGGGCAAAGCAGAAGAGAGUGGAAAAGGAUGCAGCAGGCUUCAAGCCCAAAGUGAGGAAGAAGGACAGCAGCGAUGAUCUUGAACCGAGCACGCGCCGACCAAUCAUCGUUCUGGUUGCACUGGCACUUGCAGUUCUCUUUGGGCUUGGCUUCAAGGUGCUGCGAAUCCGCCACGGUAUCUUCCAUUCCUUGCAAGGGGAGCCUUUACCUGAGCAUUGCACAGACGAAAUACCUGCCCACGUCAAAGUCCUCGACCCAGGCAGUAAGCCUCCAAUGAAGUCGUCAGAGACAAAGCCGAGUAUUUCUCUGCAUGCCCAAUGCUUCCUCAAAAGCUUCCAAAAGGUAAGCAAAAAGUAUCGGCCCACGGGAAACUGGUACUGGCAGAAGGCACCCUCAGCAGAUGGAGAGCGGCUCAGUAUUCAACAUCAGUAUGAGCCUGCGAUAUCCUCUGCACGUGUGCGAGAUGACAGCGCAGUGGUGACUUUUCUCACGGACCAUAUCUUCCCAAAGUUUGGCGAGCUAAACGACUUAAGCUACGACUGGUACGUACUACAGCAGGAUGCAGGCUUCAUCAUUUUGCUGCCAGACCCUGCGGCACACGAGUCCUUAGUCGAGGCUCAGAGACACUGGCGCCCUCUGUUCCAGAAACUGGCGCACACUUUCUACCCAAGGUACUUCAUGACCUACGCAUCCACGUUUAAUGCGAAGUCCCUCGAGUGGAUUGAGAACGAUUUUGGCAUCACUUCCUUCCCAGCAGUUGUUGUCUACACUGGACACCCGGAGGACCAGUUACAGAUUGUCCAGCAAACUGUCCGGGAGAUGACGUACGAGACCUUGGCACAGUUUAUCCAGGAUGUGGAGGUAGUUUUGUCGCAAGUGUUUGGGCAAUACGCCAUCGCGAGCAUCCAUCAGCGGCAGCCACCAGCGGCAUCCAGCGGCAUCCACCAGCGUUCGCAGAGGAUGGCUGUACGGCUGUACGUGUACAUACAGGUCACUGUAGAGUUUGCCUGCAAGUUUGCUGGCGUGGGUCCGGAGGAUGUUUGCUGUGAUUUGGGCUGUGGCCUGGGCGGUUGGUGCGUUGCUGCUGCAGAGCUUGGGGCUCGCGCAAUUGGCCUGGACAUCAAUCCAGACAACCUCAAGCAUGCGCAGAAGAAUGCAGAAAACGCGGGAGUUGCUCACUUGUGUGCAUUCCGAGAGUGUGAUUUCACGGCACCAGGCUUCACGUUGCCCGAUGAAGUGACGGUGUUGUUUGUGUACCUGCUGCCUUGGGCGUUGGAGUAUUUGGAGAGGAUCUUUCUUCAGGCGAUGCAGGGCGGAUGCAGAUUGGUGUCUUUCCAGUUCCAUCCCGCCAACCUUGAGCCAGUCGAAGUGUCGUUAUUUGGCGGCUUGAAGAUGUACAGGCAUGUGAGCCUUGCAGACAGUCAGCAAGCUGAACAAUGUGAGGCUCAAGGCGCCGAAGAGGCCGAACAGGAUGUGCCGGAGACUUGCGUCUCGUUCUUGCUGAAUUCCAUGGACUGA